AUGAGUGAACAAUUGCGUCAUAUGACUGAACAGUUAGCUAGUGUUAGAGCGGAACUGUCGGAAUUACGUAAUGAAUUAUAUGAUACUCACGUAAAGAGUUUGGAUAGCAAAGACAAUGAUGACGUCCCACCAAUUUUUAUAGGCGAUGAUGACUACGACCUAGAUGAUGAUUACGAAAACUACUUCGAUGUGGAAAAUUUCGGUGAUGACAUGAAUUCCCCAUCGAUUCAGUUCAGUAAAUUUCCAGAGGAAGUUUUAUCGUCGGCAAAUUCAUUUCAAAGUGUUGGUAGUCAUUUAAGCAACAAUUCUUAUUGGUCGAUGACAGUUCAAGUUCCGACUGAUGUGCUAGAGGAAAUAGAUAAAUUGGCUGAUUAUGCUUUAGGUGAGUAUUCAUCAAGUGACUCACAAAUGCAUCCUAAUGACAAUGAUAUCAAUCCAGGCAUACAAGCUUACGCUAGAUGUCUAGUAUACAUGCAAAAGUAUCGCUAUUGCCCAGAAUUCUUGUGGCGUUUAGCUCGUGCUACCUACAUAGCCAGUGUAGAAGCGCCAUUAGAUGAAGCUGUGUCACAAAAGGAUGAUGCAUCACACGGUCAUCAUACCUUAAAUGAUAUUGCUUAUAAAGUGCAAACUCGUCGACAGUUUAUUGAGUCAGGAAUAAAACAUGCACGUCGAGCGUUAAGUCUCGCACAAAGAGCUCCUCCAUCACCGCUGGAUAACGAUCCAACAAAACUAGCUCCAAUAUAUAAAUGGUUAGCUAUUUUAGUUGGUGUCUAUUCAUCUUACCUCAGUGCUCAACAAAGAAUACAGUAUGGUUAUGAAUUUAAGGAAUUAAUUGACACCGCAAUCAAGCUUGACACUUCUGAUGCCCUAUCCUAUUAUCUACGAGGUCGUUGGUGUUAUGAGGUGUAUAAUGUUUCGUGGAUUGAGCGCCAGAUUGCAUCUAGGUUAUUUGGCAAGCCUCCGACAUCUACCAUUGAGGAAGCUGAGACAGCAUUUGAAAAGGCUGAAGAAUUGCGCCCAAACCACUACGCUGCACUGUACUUGUAUCAAGCUAAAUGUUCUUUGUCUUACUUAGAUUACAAAACAGCACUGCAGAAAUUAAACAAAGCUCGAGGCUUAUUUGACCAACAUAGAUAUCCUAUACCACACACAGAUAUCGGUUCUGUACAACAAGAAGUAGAUCAACUGUACGACAAGUACUCUGGAUAUCUAUGAAAUCAUGUAUAUAGCGAAAAAUAUAUAUUACUUUAAUUUAUAUAUUUCU